UUCACUUGUGGCUGGCUGGUCUUAUUCGUUCCCUCGCCGACAAAAUCGGUCCGUCUUAUCAAGCGAGGGACAUCCCUUCCUUCACGCUUAUCCUGGUCCUUGUGUUGCUGCCGGAUUCUUAUUCUCCUCCCUUGAAAGAGAGAAAGUUGAAAUUAGUCAGUUCUACAAUUUGUAUUCUACUGAUAAGAACAGAUACUACACUUUGAUCUUAGCCCAAAGGCAGAGAAGAGAUAGUUCUAUAAUUUCAAGUUCUUGCUUCGGAGUAGAAUUUCUUACCAGUAACAUGGCGAUGAGCGGUAGAGGAAGGGGCAAGGGACUGAUUCCAGUACACACAUCCUCCGAUGACUCUGAUGAUGAUGAACAACGUCCAACCAUUACUUUGGAAAAAAAGCAAGGUCAACAACAUAAGGAGGACAAUGAAAGUCCAGCACUUGAAGAGUGGUUGAAUCGCAAGCCAGAGGAUGAUAUUCCGGACUUUAUCAGGGAGUCAUUAAGAUUCAGAGAUUUGACUAUCAUUACAAAGGAUGAGUUUCUUCCGACGAUGGGAAUGGGCCGUGGAAGGGGUCGAACAUUUCGGUCUACCUACGCAGAUGGGGAUGGUCCUGGUUCUUCUGGUCUUUCUCAAGCUGAAUCAGAUUCUUCCAGAAAUAGUAUAUUUGGAGCUAAGCAGAAACAAGUUACGAAACUAUCUCAUAAAACCAUUGUCAGUGACAAGAGGUUCCAGUCGUGUAUGGAAAAGCAUGAGCUGAAGUCGUCCUGGGACUCGGAGAUUACCAAGAGGGCCAGGGUUGUUACGAUGACUGAUCGUGAUUUCUGCCUUAGUAUAAAAACUGCUGGCAAGGGCGCCGACAAUGAAUGUGAUCACUUAAUCAUUAACACAAAUUGUGCUUGCAUUCCGGACAGAGACUUUGGAGUGUGUGUUCGCUGUUUACUAGUCUUCUGUAACCACGCUUGUUUAAAAACUGAAUUAGAAAAAGGGAGUGGACGGGUUGGCUUGUCGUCGAAAGAUGUUCUUAAAGAAGGAUUCGGAAUCUCUAAGCAGAAAGGAGAAGAUGGACGUACGAAAAAAGUCAGGAAAGCCCCAGGGACAUCAAUACCAACACCCGUACCAGUACCACCCACGAAUGAGACCAAAGACUCUGAUUCAUUUGUUGCUGCUCCUCCUAAGAGGGAUAUACUUGAGGAUAAGCUGGAAAUUGACAGCCAAGUCAGCCAAGUUAUUGAUUCUGAUUCACCAGUACCUACCGGCCCAGCAGCAUCUUUAGAUUGCAAAUUUAAUGUUGGGGAUAAAAUUAGAGUAAAAGUUUGCCCCAGACCAACCUCUUAUCAACAUUUUUCAGUUAUUGAAGACAAUAAAAUUCACGAGGUUGAGAACAUCGAAAGCUUAAUGGAAAGACUAGCAUCAUUUGGAAUAGCAAUGUUUAAUUUGAGAAACUUUCCUUUGCUGACACUUUGCUGUGUUCGGCACCCAGUGACCACAAAAUAUGCUCGUGGUAAUAUCAAGGCAAUUGAAGAAAAUGGCAGGAUAAAGGUCCUCUUAAUUGACAGUGGGGAAACAUACCUCUUUCGGAGCACGGAGUUGCUUGAACUGCCAGAUGUGGCAAUGUCGGAACCUCCUCUAGCAUAUCCCUGUGCUCUGCCAAUCAUCCCAAUUGGUGUUACUGAAGAAAACGCUGCCAUUAUGAACAGAUUUCGUCGGAUAAAUAAAUACAUCUUAGAAGCAAGUAUUUUGGCAAUUGACGAAGAGGGAUGUCAUGUUGUUGAUCUCUUUAUGGAAAGUGAGAAUGUUACCUUCUGUGAAGCGCUUUUGAAGAUAAACGAAGCACAGUUCGAUUGUAGUGAUGAACUGCAAUUGACUAUUACUAAUCAGUUUGCUUCAAGAGUAAAACCCCUGUUGCCGUCAUUUGAUUACAUUUCGAGAGAACCAAAAGCUUUAAUCCAUAGGAUGUCAUCACUUGGACUUGAACCCGACAGUUCUGAUACAUUAGAAACCUUGAUUCCAUCGCCAUUAACCAUUGCUGAGGAAGAUUUUAAGCAUAGCUAUAAUCGAUUAAUUGCACUACCCACUGUCUACGAAUUGAAGGAUAAAGUUUGUAAAUUCAAUCGUUUUCUCGGGAUGAAUAACUUUUCUGUGAUUGAAGUGGGUGCUGAAGUGCACAUCGGUAACCUUAAAGAGGCCAUCAAGGACUGGAUAUCAACAGGGUCAGAAUCCAUCAAAUAUUCGAUAGAAGAAACCCUUCGCAUAAACCAAGUUGUUCUUUGUCCAUUGGGGGCGGGAUACGUCAGAGGCGUAAUAAAAUUAGUUAAGGAUAAUAUGGUUGAAGUACGCUUGUUAGAAUAUGGGACCAAAUCCCUAUACUCCAUUAGUCAAUUAAUAAGACCAGACGAUAAAAUAUUAAAGAUACCAUUGUUCGUUUACUUUGUUAAACUGGCAGAAGUUCAGGAUGAUAUUCCAAUCCUUGUUGAACAAUUUAGAAAACUAAGAUCUCUGGUCAAUGAUACAGCCAGAAUAACUGAAGUGAUCCAUGAUCCAAACUCCAAAACAAUUUUACCAAGAGUAAAAAUGAUUAAUGAAAGUGGGGAAAGUUUAGCUUGCCUCCUGAAUCAACUAGCUGUGUGGAGGUGGCGACAACUCUAUCGAGGGCAGUAUAUACAUAUGGAUGAGAUCGUUUCAGCUGAUGCAUUUCCAUCGAGAGAUGACUAUUUAAAAAAAUGCCUACUUGGUGACUUAUUGAAACGAGCCGUGUUGGAUGUCACAAUUCAGUACUACAGCGUACCUGAUCACGGAACGUCUAUCGUUGUUUAUUGUCUUCCUCACGAUCAUAUAUUGAAUUACCAUAGUAGAACGCUUCAAUACCAAAUGCAACUCCUCUUCUAUAGAACUAAGCCUCCAUGUAUGUCUAAAGAAGAGUUUGUCAGUUACCCACACAUGCUAUCAGUGAGACCUGAACUUGAACGGGAGAAGCGUGAGCUUUCGGAACAAUCUUCCCGUCUGUGUACCCCUUUAUGUACCUGGCACAGGGUUUUUCAUGAUUCAGAGUCUGAAAAUAUCGUCUGCUUCGAUUGUUUUUGGCGCACCGCAGACUAUAAGGAACUUCGAAUUUGCAAACUUCCUGUCGAUUUCUACAAUGCAUGCCCAGCGGGAUUGAUGGUCGAAAUUUCCGUGUCCGAUGACCCGCUGGAAAAGAAGGAACUUCGUAAAUUUGCUCAGGAGCAUUUUCCUAGAGGCUCUACUACAAAGAUUAUUAUGAGUUCGAAGAAACCAUACUCUUUUGAGAGAAAAAUUCCCCUGUAUCGCGCAGUUAUGCAUGGGCAAACGCUAAAUAGUAAUUGACGCAAUUCGCUCACUGAGCUCAUAAUAUUUUAUUUUUAUAAAGUACCUCGUCUGAAUGUUUUAUUUGCAUUUGUUUUGUGUUUGUAUGUUUAGAUUUAAGUUUAUCUGAUUUUAAUUUAAACUUUUUUUAUACUGACGGUAAAAGAUUUUGACUCAAUGGAAACAAAAUAAACGCGUGUUAUAUACGCACGUUACGUUUUAAA